AACCUGGUUCAUAACAAUCAGACUUGAACGGUAGACUUUAGUACAUAAUGUACGCUCCGUACGUUCGUUGUUCUAUAUAAAACAUUUUAGUAUUUUAGAGAAUUAUAACUCAAAAAUAAUAAUCGCACUGUACAACUAAACCUCAUAUACAAUGACAUUAGUCAAUUUAUUUCUACGACAGCCAGAAGUCGGAAGAUUCUUUGGGAUUAGACAUUUCAGUACAAAGCCGAAAUUUGGUCUCCUAUUCGACAUAGAUGGAGUAAUAGUCCGUGGAAGAACUGUUUUACCUCCAGUUCCCAAGGCUUUUGAUCGCUUGCGUGAUCCGAAUGGUAAAUUCCGAGUACCCACAGUGUUUGUAACAAACAGUGGUAAUGCACUUCGGAGUCAAAAAGCGUCGGAUUUAUCACGAUGGAUCGGUUUCCAAGUCGAAGAAGAACAGGUAGUGAUGGCUCACUCGCCUUUGCAGAUGUUCAAGCAAUAUCACGAGAAACAAUUUUUAAUAUCAGGGCAAGGGCCAGUAAAGGCCAUAGCUAAUGAACUAGGUUUUAAAAAUACAAUUACGAUAGAAGAACUUGCCAAAAACUUUCCCUCCCUAGACUACAUUGAUGUGUCAAAAAGAAACCCACGCUGUGGACCGAUAGAUCCAGACUUUCCACGAAUUGAAGGAAUCGUUAUGUUCGGGGAACCUAAGGCUUGGGAAACAUCGUUACAACUGAUGGUUGACCUUCUAAUAACCGACGGAAUGCCAACUAACAUGCCUUUGGAUAUUCCUCACCCUCAUAUUCCAGUGCUGGCCUGUAAUAUGGAUCUUUUGUGGGUAGCGGAGGCUCCAAUACCUAGAUAUGGUCAUGGUGCAUAUCUACUGUGCCUUGAAAAUCUCUACAAAAAAGUUACUGGAAAAAACAUGGUGUACACUGCCCUUGUGGGAAAACCUAGUGAGGUCACUUAUCACCAUUCUAAUCGCAUGCUGCUCAAACAUGCCAAGAGUAUUGGAAUCGAUCAUAGCAUAGAAACAAUUUAUGCCGUUGGGGACAACAUAAAUACGGAUGUCUUUGGCGCAAACCUCUAUGACAAAUAUUUGUCUCGUUACGCGAGGGGAAAAGGAAGUAAAUCGCAAAAUAUGGAAUCGUUGAUAGGCCAUGAUGGGACUAAGUCUAGUGCAAAAGCCUGUAUAAGUAUUCUGGUUGAAACUGGUGUCCACAAAAGAGAUUCAGAGUUCAUAUCGGAUCACAGCCCCAGAGAUUUUUUACCCGUUGAAGAGGCCCUUUGCAAACCAGCGUUUAUCGUUGACGAUGUUGGGUGCGCAAUAGACUUGGCUUUUAAGGAAGAGAAGUUCGAUUGACCUGGUAAUCGAUUCGAUUCUUUAAUUCAAUCCAACAAGAGGCUGACAGAGGCUGAACAGUAAAUGCCUAAAAAUUUUCCAUAUGAUUCGCAAAUCGAACCGUUUUGAUUUCUGUUCUUCAGAAAAUCAUCAACGGACGCGCAUAUUUUUUAGCCAAAUUUUAUCAGUUUCGUAGCAAAACGUUGAGUGAAUUAAACUAGCUAGAUUUUCCGCUGCCUGUUCAACUGAUUAGUAGAAAUCGUCGCGACGCGUUUAUGAAUAUGAAAGUAUAAAGGAACAGAACACCAUUGUGCAUGGGUAGUUAAUUCAAUCAAGUCAUGUAAAUAUGGAUGAGAAUUCGGCGGGAUAUCUCUUAUUUGUAUAAUAGUUUUCGAAUUGCGUUGCACAGUAAGAAAUUUUUUUCUCCCCUCUAAAACAUUCAUAUAAAAAUACUGAAACUUCACUGUUAAUUCUAUCGAACAAAUCUGCGUCAUUUAUUUUCAACCUCUGUUUUUUUUAUCUUUAUUCUAUUUUCUUGAAAAACUUCUUAAGUACUGCCAUUUCAAUGUCGAUAUUAAUCAUACGCAUAAUAAUUAUGUUACAACGAAAAUUCACUCGAUUAUUUACGAUAAUUUUAUGUCGUUAUAAUCUUAUUGUUUUUAUACUAUAUCCAAUUCACAGUUUGGUGAAUGGCUGGUGGCAGAUGUAAUGCAAUGUCAUCGGUUAACAAUCUUCUGGCGGGUAAUAAUUAUAAGCAAUAUUUCAUCGCAGUAUAAAAUAAUUUUCAGUUACAUAUUUACAUUGUUCUUUAUUAACCUUGUUAUGAACAAUUCAAACCAAACCUUGGCGCGAUUUUUUUGGCUCCGACUUGUUAGAUUUUCUUUCCACUUUCAUCGAAAUACGAUUUUGAGGGGGCAUCAGUAACUAGAUCUGUUUUAAUCUUAAUGAAGAACAAUGCAAAUUAUAUCAUCUUAAAUAAUGAAAUGUAUGAAUGAUCAUUGAGAAAAAAAGAUAUUUUAACCGUUGCAAGACUGAUCAAAGCUGAAUUGAUUGACCUAAAAAAUUCAAUGACAUUUAUUGAAAUGAUAACGACGUUGUCUGUUUGUAUAAAAAUAAUAAUUUUAAUAAUAACUCAAAAUAAUUUUCUACGGUAAAAAAAUUAUUUGUUAAAACUGUUGAAACGAGCGUAAAAUUCUUCGAUAAAAAAUUGAUUUAAAAAAAAAAAAACUUGUUAUCAGACAAAAUUAUUGAACAAAUUACCAAUACUGGGUUGAUUUUUCACAAUCAGAAUCACAAAUAAUUUACUGUUAGUAUUCUUCCAAGUAAUAGUUAUUCAUUCUAGUCCGCUCUAAAGAAAUUUAUCAAAUCUCUGUGUUUAAGUGUUGCUGAAUGAUUUGAAAUCGUCCUGUUCAAAGAUUUUACUGCAAAUUAUGUCCGUCAACACAAACAAAAAAACCGAAUAAAUACUGUAAUAUAAAUGAAUAUAUUGUAUAUAUAUAUGAAUCUUUGAAUUAUUUACGCAACAUAA